GGCGUCGCCCCGCGCGGCCGGCUGCUGCUGCAGGUGCACGACGAGCUCGUCUUCGAGGUGGAGGAGGGCGGCGCGGCCGCGCUGCGCGACGCCGUGACCAAGGCGAUGGUGCACGACGCGGCCAUGCUCAAGGUGCCGCUGCGCAUCGUCAUCAAGCAGGGCCCCUCCCUUGGCCAGCUCGAGACGGAGUCUGACAAUCUGACGCAGACGCAGUGGGCGGGGCACUGA